ACAUGUGAUAAAGGAAUGACACGUGGAUAGUUAUCUAUUAGCUUGAUUGGGAGGAAAACAAAUCUGUGGUCACGAGACUGUCUGCCUACCAAGUGCAGACGGAGGAAAAACAAAUUUCAAUGUGAAUGAUCUUAAGUUAUCUGCAGAGAAUUUAAUCAUUUUGUCAAUUUCUGCUUAAAAUUAAAUUAUGCUCAACACAGGGAAACUUGCUGGCAAAACUCUCUUCAUUACCGGAGCAAGUAGAGGAAUAGGUAAAGCGAUUGCUUUGAAAGCAGCAAAAGAUGGAGCAAAUAUAGUAAUUGCUGCUAAAACUGCAGAACCUCAUCCAAAACUUCCAGGCACUAUUUAUACUGCUGCAAAAGAAGUGGAGGAUGUUGGUGGUAAAUGUUUGCCAUGUAUCGUCGAUAUAAGAAUUGAAGAACAAGUAGAAAGUGCCGUUGACAGUGCCGUUAAGAAAUUUGGAGGAAUAGACAUCUUGGUAAAUAAUGCGAGUGCUAUUCAUUUAACUGGAACAGUUGAAACACCCAUGAAACGAUAUGAUCUUAUGCAUAAUAUUAAUACAAGAGGUACAUUUUUGGUAUCAAAACAUUGUGUGCCUCACUUAAAGAAAGGAAGUAACCCUCACAUUCUUAAUUUGAGCCCGCCACUAGUAAUGAAUCCAAGAUGGUUUAAAGAUCAUGUUGCAUAUACAAUGGCUAAAUAUGGAAUGUCCAUGUGUGUUUUGGGUAUGGCAGAAGAAUUUAAAAAUGAUGGAAUUGCUGUUAAUGCCCUUUGGCCCAAAACAGCUAUAUCGACUGCUGCAAUGGAAAUGUUAGGGGGCAAAGAAGUGGCAAAAUCUUGUCGUAAACCCGAAAUUCUUGCCGAUGCCGCUUAUGCAAUACUCGUUAAAGAUAGUAAGACUUUCACUGGAAACUUUUGCAUUGACGAACAUAUUUUGAAAGAAUCUGGCAUUCAGAAUUUCGAUCAAUAUGCUGUUGAACCAGGUAAACCCAUCUUUUUUACUUGAUAAAUUAUAUUUGAA